CUAUUUCUGACAUUUAACAUGUCGUUCAACAACACUGACACGACUGGCGGCGGCGAGGGAUUCCGUGAAUCGCGCGGAGGCGUUGAGUCUUAUGGACAGGGACCAGGCUCGGGCGCGACCGACCCUGCCAACACAGGCCUUGGUGGUUACGGCAGUAACCCACCCCAGCAGCGCGCAUCGGAUGACCAGCAGUUCCGUACCACGUCCAAUUUUGACAACUCGCCAGACUUCCAGCAGCAGACGCAGGGUUCGGGUACCCAACGUGCAUUUGGCGAUGAUCGCGGAGAAGAGAAAUCAGGAUUCAGCGGCUCUGACGACCAAUACAAAGAUACCACGGCGGGCUCUACCUUUGCUCAACGCUCGUCCGCGGGCCUUGGCCAACGCAAUGACUUUGAUGAUACCACUGGCGGUGGUAACAUUCCUGGUACUCGUUCCUCGGGUGCCGCGUCAGGCGGUCAGUUCGAUAACAACACGGGAAACCAGUCCACCGACAACCAAGAAUUUGGUGGAGGCCGCGAUGACCAGUUCGGCGAUGACUCGCAACGCGAGCGUCAGGGUGGCAAGGCCACGUUCGGCGACAAAAUGCGCGGCAACGUCGAGAAGCUAGCAGGUAGUGUUACAGGAAAGCCAGAACUGAAGGAACGCGGUCAGGAUCGCAAGAUGGGAGAGUUGUAAAUCAAUAUCACCGGGCUAACAUUGCUUACGCACAGUAGUAAACAAGAUGUACUUGUAGUUUAUU